UAUAGUGUAUAAGUAAAUAUAAUAUAAUAACGUGUAAUGUUUCGUAGCCAUCUUCUCCUUCUUCUUCUUCUUCUCGUGUUUUCCAUCAUUAUCAACUUCACUCUCCCUAAUCAUGACUCGUUCCAAUUCAGAUGAUAAUAAGAAGAAUAAUGGAAAGAUGCCUUCGUAUUUUGAUUUGCCACCACUUGAUCUUUCUCUCGCAUUUCCACAAGCAACUCCAGUCUCUACUUUUCCUCCUUGUGCUUCAGAUUAUUUUCAAUUUAGUGACUUGUUGAGGCCGGAGGAGCAGGCCAUUAGGAUGAAAGUGAGAGAGUAUAUGGAGAAGGAAAUUGCUCCCAUAAUGACCCAGUAUUGGGAGAAGGCCGAAUUUCCGUUUCAUGUUAUUCCGAAGUUCGGUGAACUGCGUAUUGCUGGUGGCACAAUCAAGGGUUAUGGUUGUCCUGGUCUUUCCAUACUUGGAAGUGCUGUUGCUGUUGCAGAAGUCGCUAGAGUUGAUGCAAGCUUUUCAACUUUCCUUUUGGUUCAUUCAUCCUUGGCAAUGCUCACUAUUGCAUUGUGUGGGUCUGAAGCUCAGAAGCAAAAGUAUCUACCUUCAUUGGCAGAGCUAAAAACUAUAGCAUGUUGGGCUUUGACUGAACCUGACUAUGGAAGUGAUGCUAGUGCUUUGAAGACCAUAGCAACUAAGGUGGAAGGUGGUUGGAUCCUUGAGGGCCAAAAGCGAUGGAUAGGAAACAGUACAUUUGCUGACUUGUUGGUUAUCUUUGCCAGGAAUACCUCAACAAAUCAAAUAAAUGGAUUUAUCGUAAAAAAGGACGCACCGGGUUUAACUGUUACAAAAAUAGAGAAUAAAAUUGGACUUAGAAUUGUACAAAAUGGAGACAUUGUUCUGAGGAAGGUGUUUGUCCCUGAUGAGGACAGAAUAGCAGGAGUUAAUUCUUUUCAGGAUACAAACAAGGUACUUGCUGUUUCGCGUGUGAUGGUUGCUUGGCAACCUAUUGGUUUAUCAAUGGGCAUCUAUGAUAUGUGUCACAGGUACCUAAAGGAGAGGAAACAAUUUGGAGCACCAUUAGCCGCUUUCCAAAUCAACCAACAGAAACUUGUUCAAAUGCUCAGUAAUGUUCAAGCGAUGAUUCUUGUUGGUUGGCGUCUAUGCAAGUUGUAUGAAAGUGGUAAAAUGACCCCGGGUCAUGCUAGCUUAGGGAAGUCGUGGAUCACCUUGAGGGCAAGAGAAACAGCUGCACUGGGGCGAGAAUUGCUUGGUGGCAAUGGAAUUUUAGCUGAUUUUCUAGUGGCUAAGGCAUUCUGUGACUUAGAACCUAUCUACACCUUCGAAGGCACGUAUGAAAUCAACACUUUGGUCACAGGAAGAGAAGUUACUGGUUUUGCCAGCUUUAAGCCAGCUGCUCAAAGAAGUAGAAUGUGAAAGUGUAAAAGUGUAAUAUUAUUGAGUACCAAAACACAAACAUUCAAUUAAAUAAUAAUUAUAAAAGGUUUGGGUGACAAAGCAAUGAAAUACAAAAUAAUAAUGAUAUUGGAUA